AUGGGUGAACGACAAACUCGUUUUGACUCGUCGGGCAGCUCUCCCUCGGCCAGGGGCUGGUCUCAAUCAACUGUUCACCCUUCACCACAUCCUCGUGCCAGAAUAAGACACCCUUCGCAUGGACCUCGGACUCGACCAACCUCACCCACACAAUCAAGAUUCACUCUUUCACAAGAUUACCGAGAACGUUUACCUCUCUUGCUUUCCCGCUUCAUUGGGUAUCGAGCACCUGGGACUUUGCCACCAUAUGACCCACUACCGUUUCCUCCUUUCAGCUGGCUGAACCACAUACCGCUGAAAUACGAAGUAUGGCUAUUCGCAUUUAUUGGAUCAUUAGGUGGAAUACUCGUCGUAGAAGCCAUAUGCGCGACAAACACAGUUUUUAGAGAUGUCUAUAAGUCACCGUUGACAGUUACGAGCUUUGGGGCUGCUGCCGUUCUGCUGUACGGGGUUAUAGAAUCUCCACUUGCUCAACCUAGAAAUCAUAUCUUGGGGAAUUUAGCAGGUGCUAUAAUCGGUACAGCUAUAACCAGACUUUUCGCUUUGAAUGAGGAAUAUAGGGAUCUAUUAGAGAAUACAUCUUUUCAUGGGAAUACAUUUAUUAAUGGAGGAUUAGUCGUUUCGGUAACACUAUUGGUUACUCUGAUGCUGGGAAUUGUCCAUCCACCAGCUGGGGCUACUGCGCUUGCAGCGGCCACCGACAUGCACAUUGUUCCCUUAUCCUGGCAUUAUAUUCCCAUUGUUCUCGCUUCAUCUCUACUCAUCAUAGGCUGGGCAUUGAUUAUCAACAAUCUUGGUCGGCGCCGAUAUCCAAUAUAUUGGUGGUCACCAGAAUCCACGUUUGUUGUACCUUCUGCAGAUCGUGCCAGAGAAAGUGAUGAAUUAGCAUCAAAAACCUUGGAAGAAGGACAGCUAAGAAGAGCAGAAGACGGUGGUCGAACUGCAGAAGGUAUGCUGAUGGAACGCAUCGAGGGAGAAGGGACAUAG